UAAAUCAGAAUUCUGAAACGAAGAUGACGGACUCCGCGAUUGCGAAGGAAGAAUCGAUUUCUCCCUCCAGACUGCGGUCGGAGAUCGACGCCCGGCACUUCACGAUGCACGCGAGGCUGCCCGAAUUCAACAGCAAGGACCCUGGAACGUGGUUCGUGCUGCUGGAGAACGAUUUCGGCAUGAACAAGGUGCUGGACGACGGGGUCAGGUACUCGCACCUCAUCUCGCUGCUCGGCUCGCGCAUCAGCAACUUCAUGGCGGUGGUGCGUGCCCCGCCACCCACCAACAAGUACGAGUUCCUGAAGCAGCAAGUUCUGCAGAGGUGCGCCGUCUCCAAGGAGCAGCAGUUCAAAGACUUUGUGUCCAAGAUGGAGGGCAGCAACCGACUGCCUUCGCGGCUCCUUCACCGCCUGCGUCGUGAGGCUGUCAACCAUGAGGUGUCCCAGUCGGACGCCUUCCUCAAGUGCCUCUGGCUCGAGAAACUGCCAGAGUUCGUCUGGAAGACCGUAGAGCCGCACAAGAGGAGCAUGAAGCUCGACCAGCUUGCCACCCUGGCCGACAGCAUCUACGAGUCCAAGGGUCAGAGGGAGGUGGUCACGCCAAAGAGCAAGGUUGCGUCUGACUUUCUGCUGAAGGACAUUGUGCGGAGGUUGGAGUUCCUCGAGGAGUGUCAGCGGCAACGAGAUAAGUCGGCCCGAGCAGAUGAGCGCAAGAAGGCCAGAGACUAGUUGGCACGCCGCAAAGCAGGAAGUGCGUUGACGAAGGCAAAACAACCGACCGCAAAUAUGUGUGAUUAAUUAU